CAGACUAGCAUCUAGCUACCACUGUAUGCGACGGCAUUUUGGGGGAUUCAACUCUCCCUGCAGCGCGUGGUUUUCGUGCCCUUGACCGAGCCGUCUGUCUGGCCUAUUCCAACUCUUAUCACAAAAGCUUUGCAUAGAAAUGCAUGAAUACGGUGGAGAUGAGCUCGGGGUCAUCACACAUGGAUGGGGAUUUUCAGCCAGCCGCAGGCAGGGCGGUGAAUGCAAAACCCCAGCGGCACCAAUACAAGAUGCUGCUCGAUGCUGAUUUCUGCCCCCUUGGAUGCAACCGAGCUGCUCGUGAGAUGCGCCCUGCUUCAUUCAGAACGACGGGCAGCAUUACACGUGUCCGGAGAAUCACGAAUUGCCCCGGAGCCAGUCAGAGCUUUGCUGAGCUCGCAGCCUGAUUUGCCGGAACCCCUCAGAGAGUGCAUUAUGCAGCUCCAAUUCUUCCCAGCCACACAUCGUACCAUUAUGAGCGGGCGAGACAAAAUAAGAAAAGAAACAUCAGCUGCCAAAGGACCGACCAAAGGACCGACCAGGAUUUGAGACCGGCGAGGCAACCGAAUGCCUCGUCCGGGGACCCUCCCCCAUCACCCACUUCCAGCCAGGCUCGGGACGAGAUCCCCGGCAUUAGUAGUUGGCUUGCCCUCCGACCUAUGUUCGCGAGCAGCACACCUUUCGUCUUGUUUUAGCGGGAGAGGGUCUCAUGCUUGUUCUUCCCAUUUGGUACUAGGUGUGUUUUUGAGCGAGCCAUCCGGUGGAGGCACUUUAAUGCCGGGAAUCUCUUAAGUUUUUUUUUU